AUGUCUGAAAUUGUGAAACAAUCCAUGGACAAUGAUGCUGAAGAUAUGACAGGAGAGACGUCAAUGGAAAAGGACAAAGAAUCUUCCGUCACGCCUGAAACAGAAAAAUCAGUAGACAUGCAAGCUGAAGCAAUUAAGUUCUACUCAUUACCAGGAAUUUCGGGUAAACAAUCCAUGACUAUUGAUAAUUUGGAUGAACUGUGGGAAUUUUUUGACAUUACUGGUGACAAAUUUCUCAGAAGCGAAAUAGGGGAUGGAGGCUUUUCUUAA